GUCUUUGCCAUCGUUUGAAGAAUUACACCAGAACAUGAAGAGGAGUGUGACCAAUUUGGAAAUGCACUGGUGGACAGUGCAGGAUCAAAGGUCUUGCUGCGAGAAACGAGCUGAUGAUGGAUGAGCUUGGCACGGCGCUGGCAGACCCGCGAAACGAAGUAGAAUCGGAAACUAAGCGUCUGUCUGAUUGGCUCUUUGAGAACAAUUAAUUUUAAUAAGUUAUUUUUGUUGCUAUCAACUCCAUUAUAUUUGAAGACUCGGCACGUAGUGUCUUUCAGAGACAGCGCUGUUGUUAUCAGCUUUGCACGCAGUUCUUGUUAACUACCUAAGAAUUAAUACAGAGGCAGCAGACUGACAAGGCUGACAAGAACAAGAGAGGUGAGGUGAUAACUGAAGACCGACGGUCAAAGAAAGUGAGGAAUGGCCUGGACAGUUUCACCCGGACUUCAGCUCUUGUUUACUGUGCUGGUCACACUAACACUGUCAAGUGCUGAAGAAAUGCGAGUUCCCCCAUCUAUUGUGUCACCAGUAGAGCGACAGCAGCUACUUUACUCAGAAAAUGAUUGGGUGGAAGUGAAGUGUAGUGCCACUGGACAACCAGCUCCUACAUACAAGUGGACGUGGAACGGGAAUGACAUACUCAAUUACUAUAUCACAUUCAGUGCAACAACAGGAAUCCUGACAAUUGACAGUCUCACUACUAGAGAAGAAGGCUUGUUUGUGUGUUAUGCCAAGACAACCUUUUCUAAUGGGAUGACAGCCACUGCUGUUUCUGCAACAGUAGAAAUCCGAGUAGCCCGUGUAGAAGACUUUGUAAAAAGACCAGUUGAGUCAUACUCUGGUACUGAAGGAAACUAUGUAACCAUUCCUUGUGACAAAAAUCUUCCUAAGUAUUAUGGAGCCAUCACUUUCAAGUGGUACACAGUUCUAGGUUCAAGAAAUGACGAGAUUUUUCCAGAUGAACGCAAGUUCAUUGAUCAAGGAGGAAAUCUGCACUUCUCAUACGUACUCAAGUCAGAUGAGAUGGCUGCAAGUACCCCAUACAAGUGUGCAAUCGCCAAUAAAAAGGCUAAUAACAUCAGACUUGGCAACGAGAACAGCCUGACUGUCACAAGCACUGGACCUAUUCCAAACUCUGCUCCAAGGCUUCAGUACAACACCUCUGGCUCAUUCCUAACUGUGGAAGUUGGGAAGAACGCCACACUAGAGUGUGUCUUCAGUGGAUACAUCACAAGCAACAUCCCAUCAGAGACAGUACCCAGAGUCACGUGGUAUGAUCAGGAUGGACGAGUCAUCACACAAGGAGGUCGCUAUGAUAUUACCUCAAAUGGCCGAACUCUUACAAUCAUGAAUGUGACAGAAGAUGAUGAGAAAACCUACCUCUGCAGAGGAACCAAUUCACUGGGUUCUGAUGAAGGAAGCCUGGCUCUCAAUGUCACAUCUCUUCCUAUCUGGGUACAUCGUCUGGAGUCAACGACAGUUGUAGAGUGGACAGAUGCAGUGCUUUCCUGUGUCACCCGGUCUGCGAAAGGUGAACAGAGUCCUAGUCAGCCAAAGUGGUCCCGGAAUACAGAUCAGAUGGGCUCCACCUAUGAUCCCAACAAGUUCCAGUUCAAUGCUGACAAGACCACACUGACAGUCAAGUCUGUUAACAAGGAUACAGACAUCUCUUGUUACCAGUGCACUGUGGCUAACAGUGUUGGCGUGGUUCAUGAUGAUGGCUGUGUCAAUGUUAUUAAACCAAUUGAGAUCAAAGUGAGACCACUAGCUCAACAGUCAGUCAAUAAGGGAGAUGAAGUGGACCUGACUGUAGUGGCCUCCACAGACCCACUCUUCGCACCUGAGAUGACUUACUCCUGGAUCUUCAAAAAUGUGACUUACACUGAUGACAGAGUUCCACCUCACGUGUCCUAUGACUCUGUCAACAACCGGGCUUACAUCAACACCUCGGGGCUCACCGAUGAGGAGUUCAAAAGCAUUGGUGGUCUUUACCGCAGGGUUAUCUCCCAUCCAGUGGAGACGGUUUAUGUUGAUGUCAGUGUUGAGGCAGAACAUGUACCUGUAGCGCCGAUUGAGAUCAGAGUGAGACCAGCAGCUCAACAGACGGUGAAGAAGGGAGAUGUGGUGGACCUGACUGUAGUGGCCUCCACAGACCCACUCUAUGCUCCUAAUAUGACUGACUCCUGGAUCUUCAAAAAUGUGAACAACACUGAUGACAAGGCUCCACCAUAUGUGACCUAUGACCUUGUCACCAAACGGGCUUACAUCUACACAUCUGCACUCAGUAAUGAGUUCAAAGAAAUGGCUGGCAUCUACCGCAGGGUUAUCUCCCAUCCUUUGGAGUCUGUUAGUGUUGAUGUUAAUGUUGAUUGAUAUCCAAGUGUUAAGAACAGGUUAAUUUCAACAUGUUAAAUAUGUCACAAUGGGAAAAGUAACAGAGUUGCAAUAUGAAAAUUAAAUAAAUUAUUUUAGUCAUCACAUGCAAAUACACACUCUUGUGUGUAUACUGAGUAUGCAAUCCUGCUUUUUAAUUGACUGUCUUGAGUCAAAAUGGUGAUGGCCCGCACACACCAUGGCCUGAGAGAAGCUGGCUCCUUUUACUAUGUAAUGAUAAUCAAUGUUCUUGCCAUGAUAAAUUAAAAGGACUUUUUUGGUUGCAAAACUUUAGCCUGAGAUGCAUAUAAAGAGUAAGAGGGGGGGGGGCAUUUCAGUGUCUCCACAUACAGAGGAUAUUAAAAUAGCCUUUACAUCCGACCAGACCUCUGUUGGAAGUAACAGUGUAGAAAGUAAGCUGUCAGUACUUGUAACAAUCACACUAUAUUACUUUAUUUGUUAUUAUUGUAAAUAACCAAUAAGUAUUAAAACUUUCUCUUCACCCUGUCUUAAAACAAAGAUGUAUAUAUAUUAUAUAUACACACACAUAUAAAGACUUGGUGAUUAUCUAUUCUUCUCUAGAAGAUGUGAAACAAUAACCAGUCUAAUCUGAAAUAAUCUGCCCACUACAUGGGAAGAAAUUAAUAUUCUGUACUUUUCUAGAAUUUUUUUCUUUCAAAUGUUUCAUUUUGCUGUAUAAUAUGUGCAUUAUUCCAAACAUAUCAAGAAUCAUUCACACUAUUUUACUACACAAUUUCAUCAUGUUUAUAGAUUUUGCAUCAGCAAUACUACAUUUUAUAAAUGUUAGCACUGUACUUAACACUAAAUACAUAUACAACCAGUUUUUGUAAGAUUCAGUCCUUGUGAAUCAUUAGAAAGGUCUUUAGUGAUCAGUUCAAAGUUAUCAAACUUCUAUGAGUUUGAUUUGGAAGUUUUUUCAUAUUAUUGUUUCCCGGUAGACGUGGGAGCUGGUCCUUUCUUAGAAAAUCCGAGUAGAACUUACAGUUCUAUGACAGUUUUAUUAACAUAAGUGUAUUCAUAAAUGCUAAAGAAUGAACAGAUGCUGCAGAAAAGUAAAACUGUGAUGAUGACUCAGUCUUUGCCCUUAUUCAGCUUAUUAUGAACUGUUCAUCAAACUUCACUACAUUACCAAGAAAAGCAGAAUCAUGUCUCUUAUUUAUAUUAAAUGCAUAUUAAAA